AUGUCUCGUGGAAUGCGUCAACCUGGAAGUCGCCUGAAGAUGAAUAGGGAUCAGCAGUUAUCUUCCGGUGGGAUCGAGCCACCAACCUCUUUAUCCUCCAAUUUCACACAACAAUAUAGCAGACGACUUUGGACAAAGUGCCUCCAACUAGGUGGCAUUGACAACACAAGUAAGUCGCGACAACGAGGUGAUACAGCCAACAACAUCUUCGUCGUCAAAGUGGUAAUGGCGCCAAGUUGUGCGCCAUCUUCUAUUGCCAUUGCCAUGGUGAGUAACUUCUCGAGUAUGACGGAUAGGGUGGCCGGGAUCGAGGAGGAAGGGAUGGAAAGACAUUAA